AUGCACGUUGCGAAUUGCCAGCAUGGGGCCAACAGCCUCGGCAUGAACGACUCUUUCGCAACUUCGUCAGACUAUCUCGACCACUUGUAUACCGCAUGGCGUCACGAUCCAACCUCUGUUCACAGCUCUUGGCAAGAAUAUUUCCAUGCCAUCGAGCAUGGCCUCCCCACUCAGGAAUCGGUCAUUCAUCACAGUCAAUCGUCUUUCUCGCCAAGAGAUCCGCUACCCUCGAGCUCAGAACUGCCAAAAUUACCCUCACAGGCGGCUAUUCAAUUCAAGCUUGAGCGCUUGGUCCGAGCAUAUCAGGAGCUAGGGCACAAGAAAGCCAAGACCAACCCUCUUGAUCUCCCGAGCACGCGGAAUUUGCCUCCUGAUGAACUGAGCCCCGAGUUCUAUGGUUUGACAGAAGCAGACAUGGAAAGUCAUAUUAGUCUUGGUCCAGGGCUGCUUCCGUAUUUCGUUUCGGAGAAUGUAUCCACAAUGACUCUCCGGGAAAUUAUCACGGCCUGCGAGACCCUGUACUGCGGAUCAAUCGGGGCGGAAUACCUUCAUGUGUCCACCCGCGAAGAACGAGAAUGGAUUCGCGAACGUCUGGAAACGCCCGUCCCCUAUCGAUUCGACCCAGAAGAGAAGACACGGAUCCUUGACCGACUUGUGUGGACCACAACUUUCGAAAAGUUCAUGUCCGCGAAAUUUCCCAAUGCCAAACGCUUCAGCAUUGAGGGAGUUGAGAGUCAAGUUCCAGCAUUGAAAGCCAUUAUCGAUGCAAGUGCAGAGAAUGGGGUCCGAGAGAUCAUCUUCCCGUGCUGUCACCGUGGGAAGCUCAAUGUCCUCAGUAACGUGGCCAGGAAGCCAAACGCGUUGAUCUUCAGCGAGUUUUCCGCAGACUCAAUAUCACGCCAUCAAAUCUCUGGUGAUGUCAAGUAUCACCUGGGGAUGAAUUACGAGCGUGAAACGCCAUCUGGCAAGAAAGUUCAUGUCUCCAUCCUGCCUAAUCCAUCUCACUUGGAAUCUCAGAAUACGCUUGGCCAAGGCAUGGCCCGAGCUGUGCAGCACCAGAAUGGAGGUGACCGGAGAUCUAUCAUGGUCUUGAAUAGUCAUACGGAUGCCUCAUUCUCGGGACAAGGUGUGAUCUAUGAGACAAUGGGUCUUUCAGGGUUGAAGUCGUAUGAGACUGGUGGCACGGUACAUUUGAUCAUCAACAAUCAGGUCGGAUUCACCACCAAUCCAGAGUCGGCCCGAGCAUCUCCGUAUGCCUCAGAUAUUGCGAAGACUAUUAAUGCCCCAGUUUUUCAUGUCAAUGCAGAUGACGUUGAAGCAGUGGUAUUUAUCGGCAAGCUGGCUGCUGAUUAUCGUGCUCGAUUUGGCAAGGAUUGCUGGGUGGACAUGAUCUGCUACCGAAAGCAUGGUCAUAACGAGAUGGACCAGCCCUUCUUCACCCAGCCAAAGAUGUAUGAGCAAAUCAAGAAGAAAGUUUCCCAUUUGGAGCUUUAUGUCAGUAAGCUGCUUCGAGAGGGAAUUGUGACUCGUGAGGAGGUCAAUGAGAUGGAGGCAAGGGCACUGGAACGCGAGUAUCUUACCGCACCAUGGAAUGAUAUGAAAACACCAGCAGAGGUCGCUCAAGAAGUUCUUCCUACAAAGCCUACAGCAGUCACUCAAGACGUUGUCAAUGCAGUGGCUGGAAAACUGGGUGUUCCCGAGGAGCCUUUCCAGGUACAUAAGAGCCUUAAACGGAUUCUUCAAAAGCGUCAACAGAUCCUUUUGGAAGGCCAAGACAUUGACUGGGCCACUGCUGAGGCUUUGGCAAUGGGCAGUCUGUGUCUAGAAGGACAUCAUGUUCGAGUUUCUGGACAAGAUGUGGAACGAGGGACAUUCUCCCAGCGUCAUGCCAACUUACAUGAUCAACGCACUGGCUCUACUUAUAUGCCAUUGAACGAUCUUAGUCCCGAGCAAGCGGAGUUUACUGUCGGAAAUUCAUCCCUGAGUGAAUAUGGUGUUAUGGGAUUCGACUAUGGGUAUUCUUGCAUGUAUCCAAAUGCGUUGGUGGUAUGGGAGGCACAGUUUGGCGACUUUGCGAACAAUGCCCAGUGUAUCAUUGACCAGUUUAUCUCGUCGGCCGAGAACAAAUGGCUCAUGCGAUCCGGCAUUGUGUUGUCAUUGCCCCAUGGAUUUGACGGACAAGGACCUGAACACUCCUCCGCUCGGAUGGAGCGCUUCUUGCAAUUAUGUGGAGAGGAUGGUCGUUUCUUCCCCACAGCACAUCAGCUCGAGAGGCAGCAUCAGGACGCCAACAUGCAGGUGGUUUACAUGACGACACCCGCGAAUUUAUUUCAUGUACUACGACGACAGAUACACCGGGACUUCCGCAAACCUUUGAUUCUAUUAUUCUCGAAAUCACUUCUGCGUCAUCCCUCGGUUAAAUCCAAUAUCGAGGAUUUCAUCGGAGAAUCUCGCUUCCAGCCUCUCCUUGCAGACCCAGCUCAAGGAAGUACGAUUGCUGACCCUUCUGAGAUUAACCGAGUUAUCUAUUGCUCGGGGCAGGUAUACUUUGCAUUGGACAAAUAUCGUGAGACCCACGGUAUCAAAGAUACCGCCAUCACUCGCAUUGAGCAGUUACACCCUUUCCCUUGGGAUAAGGCCAGGGACAACCUCAAUCUGUACCCCAAUGCCUCGGACGUUGUUUGGUGCCAGGAAGAGUCGUUGAAUGAUGGACCGUGGUCCUUUGCUAAAACGCGCAUGGAGACUAUUUUCGACACAAUAGAUCAUCACAAGGGUCGUCGGUUGCGCUUUGCUGGCCGUGAGGCAACUCCUAGUGUUGCGACUGGGUUUGCCAAAGAGCACCGGGCGCAGGAGGAGGCAUUAUUGAAAGAGGCGUUCCAACAUUCGUAG